AUGGCAAAAUGGCGUAAGUCUAUGGCUUCGUAUUUCAUUUUACCCGAGAAUGCUCCAACAUCACUUUUUUUUCCGUUGAAUCAUUCAAGAAAGGAAAUUUUGGACUUCGUUUGGACUUCGAAUUCCUUUCUAUGGAUUCUAUCAACGGACAUGGAAUCAGGUCCCGGCAUUCGAUCGCUGGUGCCAUGCUUUGACGAACCGUUCUUCAAAGCAAAAUGGCAACUUAAAGUGAAACACGCUGCCGAUAUGAAGGUUUUAACAAAUACAAUUCAUACGGAUAUUCUCAUUGAACGUAACGAAACUGAGCCAGGUUGGGCAAUAACUUCAUUCGGCGAAACACCGCCGAUGUCCAGUUAUCUAUUAGCGUUAUCAAUUGGUCAUUACGAUUCAAUGCAGAAGAUCUCGAAAACUGGCGUUCUAGUUCGUGCGUGGUCUUGGACUGGCAUGGAGACAUACGCUGAGAUGGGUCUGAACGUGAGGGAUACCAAUCCUUUUCAUAUAGUUAUAAAAUUUAUUAAGGCUUAA